AUUUAACUGUUUUUAUAAACAGCUAUUUCAUAAAUAAAAAUGGCAGGAAGAAAUGCCCAGGAGAUGAUAUCUCUCCUGAAGGAUGAGAAGUCCAAUCUCGAGUUGGUCAACUCAGACCUACUCAGAAGACUAGAGCAGAAGGAAUACGAUUUCAUUAAUCUGAAAUCAGCCUUUGAAGAUGUCAAAUUUGAUACUGAUGAGAAGGAGAAAUCAAUCGAGAAAGCCCAGAAAGUUAUUAAAAAGCUCAACGAUGAAUGUGAAAAAGCCAUGAAGGAUCUCCAAAUUUCAGAGGAGAAGGUAGAAACGUACCAGAUCGAGAAUAAGAACCUGAACAGAGAGCUAGUUGAUCUCCAAAUUCAGUGUCAGGAAAAUGAGAAAUUAAACAAGACUCAGACCAGACUGAGAGGAGAAAUCCAGAAGCUCAAAGAAGAAUAUAAUAAUCUUGCUGAUGAGAAAGAAGAAAUUAUAGAAGUGAAGAAUGAAGAAAUUGAAUCGUUAAAAUAAUGAAAAAGACCAAUUGGAAGGUAUUAUAGAAAACCUAGAUACUAAGUUAGAUGAAAUUGCCUCCCAAAAUGAACUCAGGGAUAAACUCCUCGAAGAAGCAAUCGAGAAAGGAAAGGAGCUGGAGGAGCUACUUCAAACUAAAGAGCAAGAAAUCCACAGACUGGUCAGAGAUUUUGAAGAGGAGCAGUCUGAGAAGGAGAAUCAGAUCCAUCAUCUGAAGGCUACCGCUACGAAUACUAUAAGAAAUUUAUAUGCUUUGAAUGGGCUGAGUGGAGAAAAUAUUUGAAAUAAUUUAGAAACUAAGAAUUUGAAAAGCUCCAUUUAUAGCAAAGGAGUUGACCCAAUCAGCAGAGAUCCGAGAAAGAGAGUCUCCUUUGAAGGAAUUGAGAAGAGAUUCUUCUCUACAAUCUCAAGACCAGGAGAGAGAGGUGAUGUUAAUGAAACUAUCGAGCUAUCAAAGACCCAAAAGUUGAUGUCUCCUCACAGGAAGAGAACAGCAGCCUAUACACAAGCGACAACUAAGAGUUCUAUGAAGAAAGGGAAGAGAAGAGACAUGUCAGCUAGCUCAGCGAGGAAAAAUAAGAAUGGAGUCCUAGCUCCUCUGGGAAUGUCAACUCCAGCAAAGGUAACCAAUGCAAAUAAGUCAACAAUUGAUGAUUUCGAAAGAAUGGAAGAUGGGUUCGAUGGAGAUGCAACAAUGUACGGCAUCCCCAACACUAUUGGUCAGAUAGAGUCUAACUCCGCCUUAGUAAAUCAGUUAAAGGUCUUACUUGAAAAUGCAAUGGAAAGAGAGAGUCACCUUGCAGAUUUCAUUGAGAAGUUAUGUCAGCAACAUCUGGAGCCACUGACACAAAAGUUUGAGAAUUUGAAACACGCUGAAUCUAAAAUCAGAGAAGACUCCGAAAGGUUGAGGAUGAGAAAUGAAGAACUUGAGACACGAUUGUUAGAUGCGCAAAGCAAACUCUGGACCCUCAAAAUGAUGUAUGAUGAGUAUGAUCAAAUCUUGGAGAAAAUGACAAUCCAAAAGAAUGAGAAUACUUACAUUCACAAAGAAGACAAAAGUGAUAUAAUGAGCGCUGUUGACGGAUUCCUUUCUUCUCAUGGAAUACCAAGAAAGAAAGGAAAAAGCACGAAAACAAGGAGCUUGCUCAGCUCAUACAAGAGUGGAAAGAGUGGAAAGAGCACAUUGAGAAAGAAGCCUUCUGUUAGGUUCAAGAGCAAUAAGUCUAGAUCAGAGGAGUCUGAAGAUUUAUCUCAUACUUUCAAUCCUGAAGGGAAAACAAUGCUACGUAAGAGACAAUCUUCAAGAGGACAUGGAGCUUCACUAAGGAAAAGUCGUUCUGAAGCUGUUAGACUAGGCGAUUUACAAAGUCAUGAAGGAACUCCAAGCCAGAGAAGUGCUCUUAUUAGGAAUAAUCUUAGAAACCAAGAUGGAACUCCUAGUAUCAGAGACGCAGGCAUUCAACCUAGUUUGAGAAGGGACGGGACAAAUGCAAGUGUUAGUGUACCUAUGGGUCUUCAAAGUCCAAGCAGACAUCAUACCAGUGUUAGAACAAGGAACAAUCAGAAUAAUCCUGCAAGAUCUCAACAUGAUAACUUAGGACAAAACUCAAGGUUUGAUAGAUCACAAGACGACAGAAUUGAUGAAGAAGACAACGAAGAUGGUUUGGAAGAACUCGAUUUCGAUGAUCUUGAAUAUUAUAGCAAUGAGGGAGAAGAAGAGGAAGAUGAGGAUGAUGAAAAUGUUGAAACCCAUAACUUAUUCGAUGAGGCUAAUGAUUAUAUUGAUAUGCUCAAAGAUCAACUUAAGCAAAGCAAAGAGCAGAAUAAUGAGAAUGACCAGACUAUCCAAAGUCUAAGGAAUGAAAUAGCUGAGCUACAAAAAUUGAAUGAUAACCUUGAGAAUCAAUUAUACAAGUAUCAAUAUGAUAUGAACAGAGUGACAGAUGUUCUACUCAAUGAUGCUCAUCCAACAAAGGAAGAGCUUGAGCAAGAAGAGAACGGGGUUGAGAACAUGUCUGAUCAAGAGAAGAACCUCUACAAACUUCUCAAGAAAAUAGCUGAGCUUAGAGAAAACAAUACUGACUCGAAUGAAAAGAUUAAGGUUUUUGAAAGAGAUAUUGAAGAACUUAUUAGUAAAAACAACCAUCUCCAAGAAGUUGAGCAGGUCAAGAAUGAAAUCCAACUAGCCCUAGACCAUGAGAAAAAGAGAGCUAUUGACUUAGAAGCAAUGUGCACUGAGAAAACACAUGCGUUCCAGUCUGUCAUCGAGGAGAAGGAGAAACUUCAUGAAGAUUUAGCCAAAAUCCAAGCUGAAAAGGAUGAACUCAAGGGGACUCUGGACACCUUGCACAAACUUCGAGAUCAAGAGGAAGAAGAAAUAGAGAAGACCUUGGAUGAAGCCAAGUCCAUCAUCCAGAAAUUAGAGGAAAAACUUCACAAUAAAGAUGACAAAAUCAGAAGAUAUAAAGAAAAGAUCUCACUUAUUGAGAGAGACAAGGCUGAAGUUGAGGGAAAGAUCAUGGGCCUUGAAGAUGAAUUCAAGGACAAAGAAAAGAACAUGAAACUCAAACUUCUUUGGGCUCAGAUGGAGAAGAAAGAUCUUGCAACUACAUUGCUGAAACUUGAAAAUUCUGCACAUCAUAUCCAUCAAAGCGAGUUUAAGAGCAGAGAGCAUACUCAUCCAGGAAAUGCUUCUAUGAAUUUGAGAAGAAAUUCUCAAAGUGAAGAGAAGACAUGACAUAGCCAUAAAAUGGACGCUAAGAGAUACUCUGAGAGUCAUUACCAGUGUAGGAAGACAGAAGAGAUAGCAAGAUCAGGAUCAAGAAACAGAACUUCUCUAAGAAGAAGGAAUGUUGAAAGUACUGACCAUCCUCGUAGCCAUGAUAGAUCAAAAUCUGCGAUUUCAAUUGAAUCUAACGGUGGUCACAGACAUAGUGAAUUUCACCUUGGCAAUGUAUCUGCUGAACUACAAGAAAGAGAGAAAUGGUUCCAUCAGGUUAUCGCAGAGAAAGAUAUGAUAAUCCAUGACCUCCAAGUUCAGCUUGAAUAUUUACAAACAAAGUACAGGCAGAAGAAAAUGGAGCUCUCAGCAUUAAAGAACAGAGGUGGCAAUUUUAAAGAAACGAGCCAACACUAUUCCUCUUCCAAACCUGAAAGAGAGGUUCAGGGAAGAGACGAGCAUAACUGCACUAUGUACAACUAUGGCAACAAUGAGAACCCUAGAAAUUUUGAUGCAGAUCCAACAAAUGCCAGUAGAGCAAAUGAUAAGGCUAUGAUGAGGUCUUCUGGUCGGAAGGCGUAUCAUUACCAAGGCUAGAGCCAACAUU